UGCUCGUGACAGCAAAAUGGCAGCUUCUAUCAAAAAUAUGUUUAUGUUUAUAUUUUGCAUUGCCAUUAUUUCACAUGUGAGAGAGGUGCAGGCUGGGAAGACGAUCUUGCCGUUUUAUUGUGAUCAAAAGGACAUUCCCAAACUAACGAUCAACACUGGACACCUGACCAUCAACAACGAUUAUGACUCCAGCAUCGUCUUGCUCACACAGUCAGAAAAUUGUUAUGGGUGCAACCUGAUUACAUCAAAAGUGAUUCAGGGCAGGUCAAACUGCACAGUGCUUGUUGACACUCGGUGGCGGACGAGAAUGGAGGUACGGCUGCUGGUUAAUGGAACCGUAGUGCCAACAGAUUCAUCUUGCAGCGAAGCAAAUAUUUCCAAGUCAUUUCUUGAAAAUGGUGAAUAUGAACUGUUUAUUAACAAAAAGACUGGUGAAAUGUGUGCCGGACCCAUUCUGCAGAACGAUCCGUCUGAUAGCAACAUUCCAAUAUAUGUUGCUAUAGGAAUUAUGCUGUUUCUGUCCCUCAUCUGGAUUUUGAUGAAAUAUUUGUACAGGGAAGGAAUUUGCCACCGUAUAUUUUUCUUUUGGAGUACAGAAGGAAUGAUGGUGGCUGUAAUAGCAACGGAUCUUGGAAGCCCUACGAACAUCAAUGCUGGGGAGGAUGCGAAAAAGGAAACAUCUUCAAAAAAGGAACGUCUGCGAUCUCUCGACACCUUCAGAGGGCUCUCCAUCCUGGUAAUGAUAUUUGUCAAUUUACGAGCAGGGGAUUAUUGGUUUUUUAAACACUCCAAAUGGAAUGGUCUGCAUUUAGCAGAUCUAGUGUUUCCAUGGUUUGUGUUCAUCAUGGGCACAUCGAUGGUGUUCAGCUUCAGCUCGCAGGUCAAGCGGAGCGCAACGAAGAAAGGAAUGUUCUGGAAGAUCUUCAAGAGAUCUGUCAUUCUCUUUGGACUUGGACUCUUCCUCAACUCCGGUGGUUAUUCAGAUGGUGUUGAGCUGUCUAAAUUCCGAAUUCCCGGAGUGUUGCAGCGUUUUGGAGGAACCUAUCUAAUCAUUGCGACAAUCCACAUGUUUUUUGUGCAAACGGCAGAUGAAAACCAACACCGGUGGUGGUCGCCAGUGAGAGACGUGUUUGACUACUGGGUGGAGUGGAUCAUCAACAUCGUGAUGGUCAUUGUGUGGAUUGGCAUCACGUUCGGUCUCAAAGUGCCAGGCUGUCCCACUGGUUAUCUCAGCCCGGGAGGUAUGGCGGAUCACGGACAAUACCCGAACUGUACCGGUGGAGCAGCUGGUUAUAUCGAUCGUCAGGUUUUUGGUGAUGCCCAUAUCUACCAGCAUAACACGGCUGAAGAAAUAUAUCACACCCCUGUACCCCACGACCCAGAAGGUCUUCUUGGAACACUGAUGUCCUGUUUCAUGUGCUUUCUGGGCCUUCAGGCAGGCAAGAUUUUGUUUGUCUUCAAAGACUGGGUGCAGCGAAUCAAACGGUUUGCCAUCUGGGGAAUAGUGCUGGGCAUCUUGGGACUAAUACUGACCAAGGGAACACAAAACGAAGGAUGGAUUCCUGCAUGCAAGAAUUUGUGGUCACUUUCUUUUGUGCUCAUACUGUCCAGCUUUGCCUUCAUUCUCCUUAUGAUUUGCUAUCUUCUCAUCGAUGUGUGGAAAAUCUGGACUGGAGCUCCAUUUUACUAUCCAGGCAUGAACUCUAUCUUUAUGUACGUGGGACACGACGUGUUUAGCUCGUACUUCCCGAUCGCGGUGUGGGUGGCGAAGCAAUCACAGCAUGUUGCUGCUGAAGGACCUGUGGGGGCCGGCGUUCUGGUGCCUCGUCACCUACAGGAUGCACAUCAUCGGCAUGUACAUCAGCAUCUAGCUGUGCAACGGCCUGCAUGCUUUCUUGCCAUGGUAUGUCAGGACUGAAUCCUAUUGUUCUUUAUGUAGGACAUGAAGUUUUUACGAAAUUUUUUCCAUUUCACGUCAAGGUAGCUAAUCACCAUCCAGAACAGUUAGCUCUCAGCAUCUGGGGAACAUUUCUCUGGUUCUGUAUAGCAAUCUAUUUAGACUGUAAACAAAUUUAUAUUACUGUGUGAUCAGUAUAAAAUAAAAGAUUUUUGUCUGGA